CGGCAGGGUGCGGCUGACGGCAGAGCCGCGCUGCUCUUGGAGAGGUCACUCCGGAGACGGCGGAGCUUUUGGGGCUUGGGGGGUCGGUGGCAGUAUGUGGCGCGUCUGUGCGCGGCGGGCGCAGAGUGCAGUCCCCAGGGCCGGGCUCGGGGCUCGGUGGGCAGCCUUGAAAGAAGGUCCCGGGACUCCGUGCGGGAGCCCGCGGGCCGGCCUCGCUGAGGCUCGUUGCAGCAACGGGACCCCGAGCUAUGGGGUCCGCUCGCUGUGCGGCUGGAGCUCCGGCUCGGCUACCGUGCCGCGUAACCGCUUACUGCGGCAGCUCCUGGGGUCGCCCAGCCGCCGCUCCUACAGCCUCCCUCCGCACCAAAAGGUCCCAUUGCCUUCCCUUUCCCCUACAAUGCAGGCGGGCACCAUAGCCCGCUGGGAAAAAAAAGAAGGGGAAAAAAUCAAUGAGGGUGAACUAAUUGCAGAGGUUGAAACUGAUAAAGCCACUGUUGGAUUUGAGAGUUUGGAGGAGUGCUAUAUGGCAAAGAUCCUUGUUGCUGAAGGGACCAGAGAUGUUCCAGUUGGAUCCAUCAUCUGCAUCACAGUUGAAAAGCCUGAGGAUAUUGAGGCCUUUAAAAAUUAUACGUUGGAUUCAGCAACAGCUACCCCCCAGGCAGCCUCAGCCCCAGCCCCACCAGCUCCAGCUCCAGCUGCUGCACCAGCCGCACCUUCUGCAGCCCCUGGUAGCUCCUUACCUACUCACAUGCAGGUACUUCUUCCUGCCCUGUCCCCCACCAUGACUGUGGGCACCAUCCAGAGAUGGGAAAAGAAAGUGGGUGAGAAGCUAAGUGAAGGAGACUUACUGGCGGAGAUAGAGACUGACAAGGCCACCAUAGGCUUUGAAGUACAAGAAGAAGGUUAUCUGGCAAAAAUCUUGGUCCCUGAAGGCACAAGAGAUGUUCCCCUGGGAACCCCACUUUGUAUCAUAGUAGAAAAACAGGAGGAUAUAGCAGCGUUUGCAGACUACAGGCCAACGGAAGUGACCAGCUUAAAGCCACAAGCUCCCCCACCUGUUGCACCCCCGGUGGCAGCUGUUACUCCCACUCCGCAGCCCUUAGCACCCACACCCUCAGCUGCUCCUACUGGACCAAAGGGAAGAGUGUUCGUCAGCCCUCUUGCAAAGAAGUUGGCAGCAGAGAAAGGGAUUGACCUCACCCAAGUUAAAGGGACGGGACCAGAAGGCAGAAUCACCAAGAAGGACAUUGACUCUUUUGUGCCUUCUAAGGCUGCUCCUGCUGCAGCAGCUGCCAUCGCUCCCCCGGGUCCAACAGUUGCAGCAACUCCUGCGGGUGUCUUCACAGAUAUCCCCAUCAGCAACAUUCGUCGAGUGAUUGCGCAGAGGCUGAUGCAGUCGAAGCAGACUAUACCUCAUUAUUACCUUUCUGUUGAUGUAAAUAUGGGAGAGGUGCUGUUGGUACGGAAGGAACUGAAUAAGAUGCUUGAAGGAAAAGGGAAGAUCUCCGUCAAUGACUUCAUCAUAAAAGCUUCAGCUUUGGCUUGUUUGAAAGUCCCCGAAGCAAACUCGUCUUGGAUGGACACAGUCAUAAGACAAAAUCACGUGGUUGAUGUCAGCGUUGCUGUCAGUACUCCUGCAGGACUUAUCACUCCUAUUGUGUUUAAUGCGCACAUAAAAGGACUGGAAACCAUUGCUAGUGACGUUGUUUCUUUAGCAUCCAAAGCAAGAGAGGGCAAACUUCAGCCUCACGAGUUCCAGGGUGGAACAUUUACAAUCUCCAAUUUAGGGAUGUUUGGAAUUAAGAAUUUCUCUGCGAUUAUUAACCCACCCCAGGCAUGUAUUUUGGCAAUUGGUGCUUCAGAGGAUAAGCUGGUCCCAGCAGAUAAUGAAAAAGGAUUUGAUGUGGCUAGCAUGAUGUCUGUUACACUCAGCUGUGAUCACCGAGUUGUGGAUGGAGCGGUUGGAGCCCAGUGGCUUGCUGAGUUCAAAAAGUACCUUGAGAAGCCUAUAACCAUGUUGUUAUAAUUUAC